UCCUAAACUGACCAAUGAAAACGUUUGCUUACCGUCCUGCACUCUUUGUGGUGCAGGAAAAAACGAUUAGCCAGACUGUAACGUUAUAGGACUUAAACUGUGCUGUAGCCACUAGCUAGAACAUUUUACGAAAUACCUGAAAGGGGACAUCUUUAAAGAAUACACUUCUGUGUGCCCUGGAAAUUUGAGGAUGGCGGGCAGUGAGGGUCAAAGUUCUGCACGCAAAGGAUCUGGUGAUGGAGCGUUGAGCGCUAUGAAUUUAUAUGCCACUCUGGGGCUCUCUCCAGAAGACGUGGACGAUCUGGCCAAGAUUCCAGAGAACGAGAUCAGUGUGGAGACACUGCCUUAUCUGAUAAUGCAACUGAAGGCCAAUCGAGCCAAGCAAGAGGAGCAGGGAGAGCCCUCCCCAAAGAGAGACGGACAGGAAGAGGAUACAGAUGUUAAAGACCGCGGCAAACUGGACAGUCCCCCUGCAUUCCGUCUCCGGUCAAGCAGCCAUAGUGACACUGACUAUAAGAAAGUAGAGGUGCGACCAGAGCAGGCUGAGGCAAGAAAAGAUUCCCACCACACUAGGCCCUCAACGGAAAAAACAUCAGACAGCCAACCUUCUUCCUAUCAAUUGGAAGAUUUUCAAGGAGUUGUACCCAACAUUUACCCACACACAUGCUCGCUAUGCUUCUGUAUGUUGAAUUCUACUAAGCAAUGGAAGGAUCAUCUCAAUGGAUUACGCCAUGCAGAGGGCUGUCGGGAACUCUUGCGUCUAUUCCCAGAUUGGGAAAAACAAGAUGUCCAAGGGAAGAAAAUACCAAUUUCCAUCCCAAGUAGAGAUGCUAAUUCACCGCCCAGAAGAGCGCCACGUCCUGCUAUGCCUUACAAGAGACAACAUAGCUCAGACCGCGUAGGAGGUGAAGUCUGGUCUGCACCAGAAAGACACCAUUUGAAGCCCAAGGCUGGCACAAAGGUAGUGGUCGCUAAAUAUCCCCGUGGGUCUGUUGCUGUUGAAGACUUGGUGACUUUGGCUAAGCCAUUCGGCACAGUUGUAAAACAUCUGGUGUUCCCCUGCAAGGGCUUUGUGGAGUUGAGUUCGCACAAAGAGGCAGUCAAUAUGGUGGAUCACUACAGUGAAAGCAAAGCUAUUGUGAAGGGAAAUGGUUUGACUCUGUACCUGUCACCUGUAGUGUGCAGUAUUUAUACGCCAAGGUCGGAUGAACCACCAGGAAAACGCCCCAACAAACAAGUUAGCAGUACAGUAGUUUGUUUUUCCCAUGGAUCUCCUGGGAAAGAAAGAGAAUCUGAGAUUCUCGAUCUUGCCAAGAUGUUUGGGGAUGUGCGACAUUCGUCAUUUUUAAGUGAUCAGGCCCUGAUUGAGAUGGUAGAUUGGAAGGAUGCUGACAUUAUGGUGAAGUACUACCACUCCAACCCCCUCAAGAUCAAUGGAAAGAGUGUCAAAGUCAGCUUGUCAUCGUCACUGAAGCGUCUGAGAGAAAGUCCUGACUCCACCACAUCCAGAAGAACAGAUUCCAGUAAAAGCCAAAGCAGCAGACAGAAGAGCGAGGAGACCAGCAAGAACUCAAACUCCACAAACAAAGAGGGAUCCAGUACAGGCAAACAACCUGCUGAGAAAGUGGUGGAACAAGGAAAAGGUCAACAAAGCUCCUCAGAGGAGGUUAAGGAAGAGGUAAAGCAGGACAUCAAGGACGGGGAGAUCAAGGAAACGAUUGAGGUGGUCAAGAAUGAGAGAAAAGGGGAGGACAUUGAUUUGGAAAACAAAGAACCAGACAAAGAGAGCGUCCAGGUUGAAGAUGACCAAAGCUUGUUAGAUAAGUUUGGAGCUGAUACUAACGACUCUGCUCCUUCCAAAAGUGCCUCUCUGGUGGCUGACUCUAAAGAUAAGGGGGAACCUGAAAGCACAGAAUUGUUGGCAGACAAUACCUUGGUGGAUUCUGACCUAAAGGCUGCCGAUGAUCCAGCUCUGUGUGAUGCUGACGUCUCAAUGGAGGACAUGAUGGAACAGGAGAGCUUUCAUGAACAUGGUGACGAUAUGGAUGACAUGGAUUUCCCUGAUAACAUGGAUGAUUUUGUUACAUUGGAUGAACUCGACAAUGAUGCUGGAGAGGACGCGUCAAUGGAGUCAAAGGAUUCUUCAUGGGAUGGAAAAGUUGUCCAUAUUAGCCCAAUCAGAAAGGGCUAUAGAGACGUAGAGGUGGCCAUCUUGAAACUGGCAGAGCGAGCAAACGUGAAAGUUGUAAACCGUACCAUAUCCUUCUUCAGACAGGAGGGAUGGUUAGAGCUUGAUACUACCGAUGAAGCGCAUAAGAUGGUGAAAUUCUACAAAGGCAAAGGACAGUUGUUGGGGAAACCUGUCGAUAUUAGAAUGUGCUAUUCACAGAAAAAGUUGGAGAGUCCCAGUGGGAGAUCCAUCUACAUUUGUCUGCUUCCACGGCAGAAGUACUCGGACGUCUCUCUGUUACGGCUUGCCCAACCUUUUGGGAAAAUCACUGGCUAUCAUUUGAACUGGGUUCAUAGAAAGUGUUAUAUCCAGUUUGAGAGUGUGGAAGCCGCUCAGAAAAUGGUGAAGAAGUGCUUCCAACGUCCUCCCAGGUUUUACGGCACCCUGAUAAGGGUCAGUUUGUGCAAAAAGGGAGACUCGCUGAUAUCCUGGAAGCCUCCAGUCAAGUAUGAGCUGUGGUUGGCCAGUCAGAACAACAGAAGAACAAGAGAUCGCCAUGGAGAUGAGACUAAUGGCCAGUCAGCCAAAAGCCACUCUCCAGUGGUGAAAGAGAAGGAUGUCCAGCGACCUGUGUCUGAUAGUAAGGGGGUCUGUGUGGACCUUGAGGGUGAGGAGACCAGUGGUGUGGAAGCUGUCCCAGAGGGAGAGGAGAAGAAGAAGCAGCAGGAGCCUCUGGGUCCUUAUCAACCCAACAACCCAGUUGGGUUAGACUAUCUGGUGCCAAGGACCGGAUUCUUCUGCAAGCUGUGCAACAUCUUCUACACCAAUGAGAAAACAGCCAAAUCAGUCCACUGUAGCAGUGAGGCACAUUACCUAAACCUGACGAGAAAGAUGGAUGAAGAUAAACAGCCCGUAGCUGAUUGAGAGGGUUGCUGUCCACCUGUAGUCUUCCCAGAGGAAGAUUGGCCAUUUUUAGUAUAAAUGUUUCUGUCCAGUUUUAACAUUCCAGUAUUUUCUGUUACUGUUGACAGCAUUAUGUUAUCCAUUUGAAAUUAAUUAAUGCAGCCUAUUACAAAAUGUUGUCCCAUUAUGUGGUUAAUAAUAGUACCUGGAUAUAGUUUUCUCUGAUUGAAUAAACAAAUGUUUGCUUGAUGUUUUCUUUGACUUCUGGAAUUAAAUUUGUUGCUUCUGA